AUGGCUCCAGAGAAAAGGGAAGGGAAGUCUCAGGUGUCAGUGACAUUUGAAGACGUGGCUGUGCUCUUUACUCGGGAUGAGUGGAAGAAGCUGGAUCCCUCCCAGAGAAGCCUGUACCGUGAGGUGAUGCUGGAGAACUACAGCAACCUGGCCUCGCUGGGAUAUAAUAGCAAUCUUCAAACCACAAAAUCAACUCAAACUAAAGACUCAUCAUUUCAGGAAUUAAAGAGAACAGAACUCAAAAGGGAUGAGGCCUGGGACUUCACCUCAGGAAAAUCCUGUAGAUCUGACAACAGUUUUAAAAAACAGGACAAAAAUGAAAGCUUACAAAUUAUUUCAAUCACCCAUACAAAAAUUCUUGCUGUAGGGAAAAACCAUAAGAACUUUAAAUUUGGUCCAAGCGUCGGCCUGAAGUCAAUCGGUAAGCAAAAGAUUGCUAGGGAAAAAACACAGAGAAAUAGCCUCAAGGAAAAUUCAACUUCACUUAACCAACCAAAACUCAAGACAGUAGAGAAACGCUAUAAAUGUAGUACUUGUGAAAAAGCCUUCAUUCACAACUCAUCCCUUCACAAACAUCUGAAAAGCCAUACUGGAGAGAGACUGUUUCAAUGUAAAGACUGUUUGAAAGCUUUCAGCCAAAGUUCUGCUCUUAUUCAACAUCAAAGAACUCACACUGGAGAGAAGCCCUAUGUAUGUAAAGAGUGUGGGAAAGCAUUCAGCCAUAGUGCAUCCCUCUGUAAGCACCUAAGAACUCAUACUUUGGAGAAAUCCUAUACAUGCAAAGAAUGUGGAAAAUCUUUUAGCAAAAGAUCUGACCUUUUUUUGCAUCAAAAAAUCCAUGCCCGAGAAAAUCCUCAUAAAUAUAACCCAGGAAGGAAGGCAUCCACUUCCCUUUCAGGAUGCCAGAGAAUUCAUUCCAGAAAGAAGACCUACUUGUGUAACGAAUGUGGCAACACCUUUAAGUCUAGUUCAUCCCUUCGUUAUCAUCAGAGGAUCCACACCGGAGAGAAACCUUUCAAAUGUAGCGAAUGUGGCAGGGCCUUCAGUCAGAGUGCAUCACUUAUUCAGCAUGAAAGAAUCCACACUGGAGAGAAGCCCUACAGAUGCAGCGAGUGCGGGAAAGGCUUCACAUCUAUCUCAAGACUCAACAGACACCAAAUCAUUCACACAGGGGAGAAGCUGUAUAAUUGCCAUGAGUGUGGCAAAGCCUUAAGUUCCCACUCAACUCUCAUCAUUCAUGAGAGAAUCCACACUGGAGAGAAACCAUGCAAAUGUCAAGUGUGUGGGAAAGCCUUCCGACAGAGUUCAGCUCUGAUCCAACAUCAGAGGAUGCACACCGGGGAAAGACCCUAUAAAUGUAACGAGUGUGGGAAAACGUUCAGGUGUAACUCAUCCCUAAGUAACCAUCAGCGAAUCCACACUGGGGAGAAACCUUACCGGUGUCAGGAAUGUGGGAUGUCAUUUGGUCAAAGUGCAGCUCUUAUUCAGCAUCAGAGGAUCCACACAGGAGAGAAACCCUUUAAAUGUGACACAUGUGGGAAGAGUUUUAGACAAAGCUCCUCACUUAUUGCCCAUCAGCGAAUUCAUACCGGAGAGAAACCCUAUGAAUGUAGUACAUGCGGCAAGCUCUUCAGCCAGAGGUCAUCCCUUACCAAUCAUUAUAAAAUUCACAUUCAAGAGGACUCCUGGAACAUAGAUUUGCAUGGGUAA